UGAUUUGAAGGAAGAAGACAUAAACGAAAUACCACCUCUAUCAUCCAAACCUGAAAACAAUGCCAUGUGCCUGGAAGAUGCAACAGAAUAUACUAAAAUAUAUUUUGAUAUUGAAGCUACAGGUCUCAACACAUUUUUUUAAUGCGGCAACAGGACUUUGGGAUUUCCCAAGUUUGAGUGAGCACAGACCCAAGGAGGAGGAUGAUCCAGCCUUACAACGAGCAAUUAAAAAAAGAUUAGCUGUAUUUGAUGGUGCAGAAGGAAUUGUUCGAGACACUAAAGGGUAUUUGACCGGAAACAAUCCACUUGUACUCUUUCCUCCUGUACUAGAAGAUGGAUGUCUUUGUGGGGCUGGCUACUCUGAUGAUGACCAUCCAAAUGGGGUAUUGACCGAUGUGAAGUACAGGACAGUGGUGUAUUUGACUAACGGACCAGCUAGAUUUGAAGUAUUUGGUAGGAAUUGCUUGGCAGGAAAUGCAGACUGCCAAGUUCAAUAUGUUGGAUCUUCAGACAGCCUCCAUUUUCUUUCAAAGGAAACUGCUGCAGGAGAUGAGAUUGGCUGGGAUUUUGUAGAUCAUGCAUUGAACUCUCAUGUCACUUUCAGUGCAUAUUGCAAAAUCAUGAGCAAAAAAUACAGGAGAAAUUUUCUUAAUUCAGCUAAAUUUAUGUCCCCUCAAACAUUCAUUACUUGGUGGUUUUCAUGGAGUAGUAAAUUUAAGACUGAUUUCAGAAAGCCUUGCUCUAUCUGCAAAUACAACCCAAAAUUCUUAGCAUGUGAUGGCACUAAAAUUGGUAUUAGCUUUAAAAAUGCAGAUACAGAUCCAAUAGAAAAACCAACUUCAACAGAAAAAGUUGACCCAUGUCAUAGAAGAAAUGAUCGUUGUUUCUUUAAUUUCAACAGCCAAGAACAACAGGAUGGUAUUAUAAGAAAAUGCAGAGAUCACCUUGCAUACACAUCAAAAAAAGCACUUGGACAAUUAAAUCAGGCAUUAGAAUUUGAAGAAGAACUCAAUAGAAAUACACUCCUUAUUAGUCCCCUACUGACGAAGUCAAAGGGGACUUUAGGUUUGCACUCUGUCCGUCUGUCCGUCCGUCUGUCCAUCCGUCAAUCCAGCAAAUCAGCUUUCCACACUUUUUUUCUUCGUUCUUGAAGAUAUUGUUUGAUAUUUGGUAUAUAAGUUUUGCCAUGACAAGUUAUAGAUCAAGUUCGAAUUUUGUUCCUGUCUGAUGAUUUAGUCCAGAGUUAUGGACCAUAACUCUGGACCAUAUCUAAUGUUAGAGUACUAUGUUAAACCAUAUUUCUGUAUAAAGGGAGAUAACUCAUUUUUUAAAAGACAUUCUUUGGUUAAUUAUUUGAAGAAUUUUUUGGCAGGUUUGAUUGUUAUUUUGUAUAAACUAAUUUUCUGAAUGCUAUAUAUAUAUAAAAAAAAUUAUGAAGUGAAAUCCUUUAAUUAGAUAAUAAUCUAUUUUUAUUAAUUACAAACGAAAGUGAACCAACGCCUGGUGAGUCUGUAGUGAGUUAGAGUCCCUGAAGUGGAUACCUCGGGUAUGCAGGGUCGUUAUGAUGAAACACAAUAAUGUAGAAAGUCUUAUAACAACAACACUGGAGGGACUGCUGCAGAAAAUUUAUUGAUCGACAUGUUUCGGUGCCUAGGGCACCGUCAUCAGGAUACAAAUAAUACAUUGAACAUACUUAAGUGUACAAUCGGGUUGUCUUGUGACAACGUCAUAGUAUAGUAGUUGUUAUGAAAGGGAGGUAAUAGUGAAAGUAUAAAUAGAAAAUGUAUAUAAAUAGAUUGUCAACAUGAAAAUGAAAGUAAAUUAAAAUUGUUUGUAUAUCAA